UCCUUUUCUGGAAUACACGUCCUUGACGACGGUUUUACGCCACUUCUCCGCGCCCAAGUCCGCUCUAACAAGCCAUAUGCUGAAAUCCAUCAUGGAUUGAGACAUUCUUGAAAAUCUUAGGCCAAAUUCUCAACUCCUUCACUUCAAGCAGUAUAAUAGUUACAUGGCAAACAACUAUCAUAACCAACAAUUGUAGAUUAAAGGGGGGAACGCACUACGGAUCUCCGAAUUAUUUUAUAAACAGGAGUAUGGCAAGAGGCUUAAGGGGAAGCGGGCGGAAGCCAAGAAGCAGCGCACCGGAGGAGAAUUGAAUACAAUGAACCCCGCGGUCUCUCCCCACCCCAGGGGCGGGCUCAGGCCGCGCCUCCCCCGAGGCUCGCCUUUCAAAUCUCCUCCCCCCAGCGCGUCCUCCCCCCUCCUUUCGCUUUCGUUUCCGCCUCUUCUCUUUCCUUUACUGCCGGCAUCUCUCCGCCCCUAGCCACUCCAACCUACCUCCCGGGAACCCAACACACCUCCACCCCUGCUCGCCCUCCCCCAUUCCCUGUUCUGGCAGCGACCCGGGCGGCUUUUAACCUCUGCUGCACGGAGCAUGGACGACGAGGACUGCGAUUCGACUUGGGAAGAGGAGGAAGAGGAAGAGGAUCAGGAAAAGGAGAAGGAUGAGAGGAAAAGCAGAGAGGAAGCGAAGCCGAGGGUACAGCAGCGCGGGAACCAAGCUUUCCAGCCCAGAUGGUACUCUCUCCUUUUCAGACUCUGCCAAUAUGUGUGGCAAUACUACAGCUUUUGGACUUCUUGGGUCAUUUUGUCCUUGAGUUGGGGUUAUCUCAAUCAACAAUUGCAGAUGACUUUUAAUCAACUAAAGAGCCGGAUGAUAGGAUGCCGAAACUGGAGAGCAGUCCAGGACAUGCAGAGAUACAGAAGACGAUACCCAGGUAUGACAGAUGAAGAGUCCAGUGAUGAAAUGCUGAAUUUGAAGUUUUAUAAAAAUGAAAUUGCUUUCUUGCCCAAUGGCUAUUUUAUUGAGGACAUCCUGAAGAAUUGGAAAGAGGACUAUGACAUCCUGGAGGACAACCAUUCUUACAUACAGUGGUUGUUCCCUUUGCGGGAGAGGGGAGUAAAUUGGCACGCAAAGCCCCUGACACUGAGAGAAAUCCAGGAAUUUAAAAAAUCUGAAGAAGUCAUGAGAAGAUUCGUUCAAGCCUAUGAACUCAUUCUGGGCUUCUAUGGAAUUGAACUUGAGAAUCACAAAACAGGGAAAGUGAGAAAGGCUGACAACUACCAGGAGAGAUUUCAGAACCUCAACUUGCAUAGUCACAACAACCUUCGAAUCACUCGCAUCCUGAAGUGUCUGGGUGAGAUGGGCUAUGAACAUUACCAAGUGCCCCUAAUCCAUUUCUUUCUGGAAGAGAUCCUUGUUAAUCACUACUUACCGAGUGUCAAGCAGAGUGCCUUGGAUUACUUCAUGUUCACAGUCCGGAACAAGAAGGAGCGCAGAAAACUUGUCUACUAUGCCUGGAAGAACUUUAGUCCCCAGUAUAAAUUUGUCUGGGGGCCACAUGAGAAGCUUCAGAAAUUUGAAUCUGGACAGCAGGACUGUCUUGAAGAAGAGGGUUCAGGUGUUUCCCAAAAUGAGGUUGGGAUAGAGAAAGACCAAGUUAGGACUCAGGUGAAGGAAGAGAUUAUAGAGGAUGGCAUUGCCUCCAAAGACAAGCAGAUAGGCACGAAGAAUCUCGGUGUCAAGCUGCAGAGUUGUGAGAUGAAGAAGGGAGAAAGGUUGAAUUCAUCUGACCAGCAGGAGGAGAAGGUUGUAACUAAGAGUGCUGGAGACCAGGCACCAAGGUCUCAGAGUCCAAAGGAAAGUAAGAAAAGGAAAUAUGAGAUGAACAGAUUUGAGUUCAGGCAAGAGAAGGAGCAAAGCCAAGGUACCUCUGAUGUGGAGAAGAUUGCUCAUAACCUGGAAGAAUGUGCCCUUGGCAAGAGCAAGCUGAGGGCCUCUAGCGGAUCUAAGGAAAUGAGGAGUCUGGACUUGCCAAGGGAGAAGGGGGCAUCGAGUCCUGAGUCCAUGGAGAUUAAAAUGUAUGAUGAGGUGAAUAAGAGGAGGAAAAUUGAACCGAAAGCACAAAAAGCCCAUAUAGAGACAACAAAGAAUGGGAAACAAACCCCAACCUGCUUCCCGAUACUCAAUGGCAUUCCCCACGAAGCUGAGGAAACAAAAGACAAGAGAAGCAUUGACUGGGAAGCCUCCAAACUACAAGCAGAGCUUGUAAGACAUGAUGAUGCCCCUGUAACUUCAUCUGGAAAUCCCUCAGGUGACACCUCAAGUGUCAGCAUAUCUCCUGACCAACCAGACCUGCAGGAAUGUGUUCACACUGAAAAAAGAAGUGUUGAUGCAAAUCCUGAACUCAAGAGCCCUGAAGCCAAGGGACCUGAUCCGGGAGAGGCAGCAGGCGCUGAAUGUUCAGAUGGAGAAGUCCCAAAAAAGGCAGGAGAUGAAACCACAGUUGAAAGGCCUUCUUCUGAGUAAACUGAGUAAACAUUGAGCCACUGGACCACAAAUAGGCAAAGAAGGAAUGCAGGACCCUGACCCUAUGGGACAGGAUUCUGCAGGAAUUUGGGGCUCUUUAGCACCUUUUAAAGGUAUUGUUCUUCCAUGGACAUCUUUUGAACAAAUUGGUUGAGGUCCCUCAGUUUAUGAGUUUUUAACCUUUAAUGAUGUCCGAACUUCAAGGUAGAAGGAAGAUAGAUGUCGUGGAACCCCUUGGUUCCUUCUGCCAUCCAAUCCUUCCCUGAGCAAGACUGGCUUGCCUCUCUUUGCCUGAUCACAUUUAUGAUGAGCUAUGGAGACACUAAGAGAAAACAAAUGAUGGGUACCAUUCAGAAAGGAAUACUGAUAGACCUUGAUAGGAGUAAUUUAAGACUUUGAAGUGCAAGUGAUCAUUUUGAUAGGGGGGGUGGGGAUGGGGAGGGUGUGUAUACAUCACUUUAAUUCAUAUUCCAUAACUGUGUCCCCACUCCCUUUUUAUCUGGGGGGGGGAUGGAAAGUCUGAAUUUCUCAUCCCCUUGUCAUGGCAUUUUUUUUCUGAAUAAAUUCAUCACUUUGAGCUUCUGUUGAGUAUAAAAGGCAUAGCUAAAUAAGCAGCUGGCUCCUCUCUUUCCUUAUGAAAAAAUUUUCAUUGGACUUUUUUCCCUCUGACCUACUAAAAGUGACUUCAUCCCAUCACAGUGACUUGCCAUGCCCAAGCUGGAAAUCUAGCCCUCAGCCUGGUUAGCCUGAGGAAGAGGGAAGAAGAAGCUGUGGGGAGACACGACCUAUAGCUACGUCCCAUGCAGACACUUGGCCUUUCUCUUUCUUUCUUCCUUGCUGGCUCCAGAACUUUAUGAGGAAUCUGCUUUUCCACUUUUCCUCACUGGCUCAGGAUUCUUUCUUGGGUUCUUUUGCUUCAUUUUAUUUUUAAGACCCAGACUGGAUCAUCUGUCCUUGCAAGUCUUCACAGUAAAGAGGAGCUCCCUGUCCGGCCUUUGUAUUCCUGUUUCCCAAGUAGGGUUAGGCAAGUCACUAAGAAACUCUGGGAUACCCCGUUGACUUUCUGUCACAGCUUGAAACACUCUGCAUGUUCUUUUUUUUGGUACCUAUUAGUGGUGCGUGUAUGUACAUUUACAGAUCCUUCUUUGCCAUGUAUAGAUGGAAAUAUUUACAACAGUGCUGUCAUCCAUUGCUUUGCCUUCUGCUCCAACCUCCAGUAAAUUAUGUAGAGCUGCCUUCUUACCAGUAUGGAGUCAACCAAUCAAGUGGCAAAAGCAGGGGUGGGUUUUACCCCCAUUCUGGUUUAGCAUGGUUAGGGAGAGGGUCUCUAUGAUAUGUGCACCUCUUCCCCACUCUCUUCUAUACCUUAAUAAACAUGAUAGCCCUCCUUGAUAGGAGGGGGAAGGGAAAGCAGUGAAGUGGUUACUUCCUAAUCUGGGAUUUUGAAAGACCAAGCUUGAUUUUGCUUCCAGUUUAAUGUGAAGAGUUACAGUCUCUGCUCCAGGUGUGUGCUCACCAAGUUGCUUCACGAUUACAUGUAAUUUUUCACCUACCUCACAGGGUUGUCAUGAAGAAAAAGAAAAGAAAGAAAGGUCCCUUGGGAGCCUUCAUUUACUCAGCCAUAUAAACAAGUGGUUCAUUAGUGCAAUAGGUUCUUUGCCUCUAACAGCAUUUAGAGGAGUGUCACCUUCGUGCUGUGGGGCCAGAGACUUGGGAGCCUGUGCUGUAACAUAUUCUCUUCCUUGCUAAUGUUUGGUGCAAUGAAGCUUUCAGUAUUGGGGAGCUGAUAUGCACUGGGUUUUGGCUUCCCAAAUUGACUAGAACUGCUCUUUCCAUUUUGAUAUUUCUCUCCCUUGCUCAUCUCAUUUUCUGGCCUCUCUUUUUCUCUCUCUCCAACCCACAGUGACAGUAAAUAUUGUGCAUUUUCCACAGGACUUGGAAUGAGAAGCCACUGAUUCUGGCCAAGGUUUCUGUCCCAUUGCUCACCUGGGAUGUCUUUCCCCUGGUUCUCAUUUUCAGUGAUGAGUAUCUCCAGGGAAAACUUGCUCAGCCUCAUUCAGUGACUGGUUGAGCAAAAGAAAUCUCAGAAUCAGAAGCUAGAUGUUGUGUUUUUGUUUGUUUGAAAAGGGGCUAUUAAAGUAGAAUUAAGAUUCUUUUCCCAUGGCAGAUGUUUGGAACUGGUUCAUUAUUUUUUUCCUCUUCAAAGUUAAUGGCUGUGAAAAUAGACUGUUUUAAUAAAAAUGUGUUGAUUGCCAGCCAGUGUUUCCCGAGAUCUGUCCUUAUCAGUGAGUGUUGUUUGGUGCCAGGGGGUUAGGGGAGAUACUUUAGAAGCCCAUUUGUGACUAUUGCCUUGAAAUCAACUUCUAUGUUGACAAAUAAUAGCAUGUGAGUCAGGAUCACAGGUUUAGAAUUAAUUUUGCAGUUGAAACUGAGGCACAGAUAGAUUUAAAUUGACUUGCCCUGGUCACACAGGUAGCAGAUCUGGGAUUUCAAUUCAUGUCUUCUGACCCCCAAAUUAUACAAUAUUUGUAAAGUGCUUUGCUAACUGUAAAAUGUGGCAUCAAUUCUAGCUAUUGGUCAACUAACAUUUAUUGAGCAUUUACUGUGUGCCCAGCACUGAGCUAAGUGCUAGGGAUACAAAAUGAAGCAAAAAAACCCAGGGAACCUGAACCUAAUAGUAUUGCUAUUCCAGUCCUGGAGUUUUCCCACUGUAAUUCAUUGGCUCUCUGUGUUGUUUGAAAUUUAAGCUAAGUUAGAGGCAAAGACAGAAAUGAUAAUAAUAAUAAUAACAAUGUAUGCCUGUGGUUCCUGGCACAAAAUGGAUGUUUAAUAAAUACUUAUAGAUAAAUAGCCCUUAAGGAGAGACAGCAUGGUAUAAUGGAUAGAAAACUAGCCCCAGGAUUAAAACGUGGGUUCGAGUCAAACUUCACCUCAUCAACCCCAUGCACUCCAAGACUUUUACAAAGCAAUUGCUAAGCUGCAGUGGGAAUUCUCCAUACCAUGGAAGGAAUGAAAAGAUAAUAUGUGAGUGUCUAUGUUCAUGUAUGCCAUAUGUCGAUAGGGAAAGAGCACGCUUUUUACAAAGCUCUUUAUAAAUAUUAUUUGAAAAAUGUAUUAUUUGAUGCUUCCAACAACUUUGAACAUGUGUUUUUCCCAUUUUAAAGUAUUCCAUUUUAUUUGGGGAUGUAUGAUACAUGACUCACAAACAGCAUAUUUCAUGGCUGAUGAAAACUAAGGCCAUUCUGUGAGUUUUCAUAUCUUGGUAUUUUUCAUACAAUCCUCUUAUAAGAUCAAACUCAAAAACAAGAAUCCCUUCUGCAUGGGGCAGCUAGGUGGCACAGUGGAUAGAGCACCGGCCCUGGAGUCAGGAGUACCUGAGUUCACUACCUGUGUGACCCUGGGCAAGUCACUUAACCCCAAUUGCCUCACUAAAAAAAAAAAAAUCCCUUCUGCAAACAAAGUUUAAAGUAAAGACAACACAGUCAUUAGCAGAUUUGUUUAUGCAUCCCAUGUUACUGAUCACAUACAUGUCAAUAAAUGCCUUGGAUUUAAGCCGUUACCCAAAUGUCAUAAAGUGAUUUUUAUCAACAAGAACAAGUGUUUAGAGACCACAAGCCUAAACAGUUGGGGGUUUUUUAAUUAGUUAAUAAAAAGAAACCUUUGUCUAAGGGACAUAGUACAGAAAUACCUGAAACUAAACCAGACCCUUAACCAAGGCACUAAAAGCAUGUCAUUCAUACAAAGAAAUGUAAGCAAUCCACCAACAAGUUCCCCAAUGGAACUGUUGAAAAGUGUACAAGGGUAUGGCUUUUGGGACCAGAGCUUAGAGACUACAAGGAAAGCAGGAUGUCACAUCUCCAAUACACUUUCAUUCAUUCAUUCACUUAUUUAUUUAUUUAUUUGGUGAGGCGAUUGGGGUUAAGUGACUUGCCCAGGGUCACGUGUCUGAGGCCGAAUUUGAACUCAGGUACUCCUGACUCCGGGGCUGGUGCUCUAUCCACUGCGCCACCUAGCUGCCCCUCAAUAUACUUUUUAAGGAACAAUCAGCUCACAGAACUCCCUCUUUGCAACAAGGCUUCUGAUACAUUAUUGUUAGAAUGACUCCAAUUUUUAAGUGACCUAACUGCAAGGUAUUCUAAGUAGGGUACUAUUUUGCAUUCUAAAUUCUACUAGCAAAGUGACAUAUAAAAUUUGAUAUGAAGCCUUUAAAAAGGAGGUCUUUCUUACCCUCAACCUCCCCCUUACAGUUCAGAAAUGCUUAUCCUUUACCUUGUACUGUUAAUGAAUAUUCAAAUUAGUGAGGUAUUCUGUCUUGUGUCAUUGCUGAUAAUCCACUCAGGUCUGGGAAAAGGACUUAAUUAGUAACAUUUCUUGUGGAUAUUGGAGGAAAUAUGGAGGAAAAUAGCAUUUAUCCCCAGAGUUAUUGUGAGGAUUUUUUUUUUAAAUUGAAAUGUUUGUAAAGUUCUUUGCAAUCCCUAAAACACUAUAAAUGGUAGCUCAUUAUUAUCUGCAAAGCAAAACUUGGGGAUUUAGUAAGGUAUAUGUGAUAGGGGCCCUAGAUACCUGUCUGACCCCAUCACAAAGAAUAUAUUUGAGCCUUAGAACAACUCUCUGAGAUUGAUUUUACCUGUGUUAUCCCCAUUUUAUGGGUGGGAAAGUUAAGUGACUUGUGAUGGCUAACACAGUUACCAAUUCCCAAAGGUAAGAUUUAAACCCAGUCCUUCUGGACAAGUCUAGUAUUUUAUUCAACUGUGUUAUACUGCCACAAUAAGUGUGGGAAGAGGCUGCUGUAGAGUGCCCUGGACCUGGGUACACUAUGGAGAAAGGAGUGGCAGAGUAGCAGAAAUACAGAUGAUUUAAUCAUAAGUGAUCAUCAAAAUUGAUACUGCUAUAUUUGAUUUGGGCAGGUAGGUGGUGCAGUGGAAAGAGU